AUGACCCUCACUACCAAUGAACCAACUGUGAGAAAAAUUGCCCUGCCACCCUAUCCAGGAACAACUCACCAUGCACCGUCUGACAACCAGGAUGCGGCAUCGGCUGAAACAUCAUCAGCUCUGGAAGCUCUACAAGCCAUUGCUGGUGUUGCCGGGGAAACAGGUUCCCUGGUGGUAUACGAGCAGUUGGUAGAUGAGGAACAGGUGAUCGUGGUGACCACGGACCAGAUGCUGCACUUGUCCGAGAUUCAACAAGAGGCAAAUGAGAUCACUGUGUUGGCCCGAAACUAUGCUGAGAAAUAUUUGACAGAAAUAAAAAAGGAUUUUAUCUCCAAAGAGGAAGAAAAGGAAUUAUUAGAGAAAAUCGCAGUAACACCAACGCAAGGCAAGACUGCUGUUAUUUCUGAUAAGGUGUACCAGUGUAAUUUGUGUGAGAAAUCCUACAGCAAAAUUCAGAGCUACAAGGAGCAUUGUCUGAAGCAUGACAAAUCGAGACAGGAGAGGUGUAAAUGUGACAUCUGUGGCAAAGGAUUCUCCAAACCAUUCUUGCUCAAGACUCACAUGGAAACCCAUAACUGCUUCAAGCCAGAGAAGUGUGGAACAUGUGGCAAAAGAUUUGCCCAAAGGAGCUCCCUCACGCGACACAUGAAAAUACACACGCAGGAAAAGCCAUAUUCAUGUGUAGUGUGUGAUAAGAAGUUUAACCAGUUUAUCCAUGCUAAACGACACAUGGCAUUACACUCUGCGAACAGACAGAAGUGCCAUUUAUGUCCUCGGACAUUUCCCCAUAAAAAAUUGCUCGAUAAGCAUUUAGAAAUUCAUGAAAAUUUGGCUGCACAGCAAAAGGUGCCUUUAAGUCCAAGUAAUGUGCCCAUUGGUAGCAAAGGAAUCAUAAAAAAAGAAUCCAGAAAAACGGAAAUUCUCGUGUAG